GCGACGCUGGGGCCUUACGGCAGGGGGAGCCGUGCUGCGUCCUCAGCCUCCUUGCCUCGCCUCUCUUUCCUUUUGCCGGAGGUGGCGGCUCCUCGUUGGGGAGUGGGAGGGCUCUUUAGCGGUUGAGCUCUUGCACGCCUGUCUCCGGCUGAAGGGAAGCCGAGCGGCGUCUUGCCCUACCCAGCCCAGUUCCUCCUCUUCCUGCACUCCGCCCCUUUGCCGACCGCACCGCCACGGCGCUUGCCUUUCCCGGCACCCCACCAUCUCCAGCAUGCAGGUUUUCCAGUAUCCCGAGGUGUAUCGCGACGAGACAUCAGUACAAGACUAUCAUGGCUGUAAAAUAUGUGAUCCAUACACCUGGCUUGAAGAUCCCGAUAGUGAGCAAACAAAGGCUUUUGUCGAGGCACAAAAUAAGAUAACAGUGCCUUUUCUUGAGCAAUGUGCUGUCCGAGGACUAUUUAAAGAGCAAAUGACCGAAUUAUACGACUAUCCCAAAUAUAGUUGUCAUUUCAGGAAAGGGAAAAGGUAUUUUCACUUUUAUAACUCUGGACUUCAGAACCAACGGGUAUUAUAUGUACAAGAUUCCUUGGAUGCUGAUGCUAAAGUAUUCCUUGACCCAAAUAAACUUUCUGAUGAUGGCACUGUGGCUUUGAGAGGUUAUGCAUUCAGUGAAGAUGGUGAAUAUUUUGCAUACGGCUUGAGUUCCAGUGGGUCAGACUGGGUGACAAUUAAAUUUAUGAAGGUAGAUGGUGCUGAAGAACUGCUAGACACACUGGAAAUGGUAAAAUUCAGUUGUAUGGCUUGGACCCAUGAUGGCAAGGGCAUGUUCUACAACUGCUACCCAAAGCAAGAUGGAAAAAGUGAUGGUACUGAGACAUCAACUAACUUGCACCAGAAGCUGUACUAUCAUGUCCUGGGAGCUGACCAGUCGCAGGAUGUUUUAUGUGCUGAAUUUCCUCAGGAGCCAAAAUGGAUGGGUGGAGCAGAGGUAUCUGAUGAUGGGCAAUACGCUUUACUAUCCAUACGAGAAGGAUGUGAUCCAGUAAACAGACUGUGGUACUGUAAUCUACAGAAGGAAUCAAAUGGUAUAACAGGUCUUUUGCACUGGGUGAAACUGAUAGACAACUUUGAUGCAGAAUAUGAAUAUGUCACCAAUGAAGGAACUGUGUUCACCUUCAAGACAAACCGUCAUGCUCCAAAUUAUCGAUUAAUUAACAUUGAUUUUAGUGAUCCUGAGGAAUCCAAAUGGAAAGUGUUGGUUCCUGAACAUGGAAGAGAUGUUCUGGAAUGGGCAGCUUGUGUUAGAUCCAACUUCCUAGUCUUGUGUUACCUGCACGAUGUAAAGAAUGUGCUGCAGCUUCAUGACCUAGCAACUGGUGCUCAUCUCAAGACACUUCCGUUGGAUGUUGGCAGCAUUGUGGGAUAUAGCGGCCAAAAGAAAGACAAUGAAAUAUUUUAUCAAUUUACGUCCUUCUUAUCACCAGGUAUUAUCUACCACUGUGAUCUGACCAAAGAAGAAUUGGAGCCAAAAGUUUUCAGAGAGGUCACAGUGAAAGGAUUUGAUCCUUCAGCUUACCAAACAGUGCAGGUUUUCUAUACCAGCAAAGAUGGUACUAAGAUCCCAAUGUUCAUUGUCCACAAAAAAGGAAUCAAAUUAGAUGGGACUCAUCCUGCCUUCCUUUAUGGUUAUGGUGGCUUCAAUAUAUCAAUCACACCAAGCUACAGUGUAUCAAGACUCAUUUUUGUAAGACAUUUGGGUGGCAUUCUAGCUGUGGCUAAUAUCAGGGGAGGUGGUGAAUAUGGAGAGACCUGGCACAAAGGUGGUAUCCUGGCCAACAAGCAAAACUGCUUUGAUGACUUUCAGUGUGCAGCCGAGUAUCUUACCAAAGAGGGAUAUACUUCUCCAAAAAAGCUGACUAUUAAUGGAGGUUCAAAUGGGGGCCUCUUAGUGGCUGCCUGUGCCAAUCAGCGUCCGGAUCUAUUUGCCUGUGUUAUUGCUCAAGUAGGAGUGAUGGACAUGUUAAAGUUCCACAAAUUCACCAUUGGUCAUGCUUGGACAACAGACUAUGGCUGCUCUGAUGAUAAAGAACAGUUUGGCUGGCUGUACAAGUAUUCUCCGCUCCAUAAUAUCAAAGUACCAGAAGGAGAGGAAGUCCAGUAUCCUGCCACCUUACUUCUGACAGCCGAUCAUGAUGACCGUGUGGUGCCUCUUCACUCCCUGAAGUUCAUUGCUACUCUCCAGUAUAUUGUAGGCCAAAACCCCAAACAAACUAAUCCACUACUAAUUCACGUUGACACCAAGGCUGGCCAUGGUGCUGGAAAGCCAACAGCCAAAGUUAUAGAGGAAGCAUCUGACAUGUUUGCCUUUAUAGCAAGAUGCCUAAAUCUUGAAUGGAUAGAAUAGGUUAUUACUGUCUCAAUUAAAUCAAGGGCUUUAACAACAUUUUAAAAGAACAGAAGCACUUGGUGUAGUACUUACAUUUAAGAACUUACCACACCCAGCUUCCCGUAAACUUUGUAUCUUUUCUGCUUCGAUUCAGUGUUUACUAUUGGCUCUUCAUUUUAGUUCCAGUCAUCUGUUUUUAAAUAGCAUGUUUGGAUAAAUAGGCAGAUAGCAGAUGAUGCUGUUAACGUGAAUUCUGAAGAGUCAAAGGUAUUGGUGGUGAUAGUUUCAUAUGGAAUGGUUUUAAUGUAAUUUUUCUCCUUGUAAACAUAUCUGGCUCACUUGUAAUUAAAUGUAAGUACUGUUCCAGUAUAGACUGUCAACUCGCAUUUUCUUUACAGCCACAAGAAGAGCUGGGAUUAUUGCCAAUACUUCUCCAUUAAAAUAUCUAUAUUACAAA